GUGACCGGCGCGUGUUGACACGGGUAUAUAACGAUUGAUGUCCUCAGUCCCGUUCUCUCUGUGUAGCGCUGCAGAGUCGAUAUGUCGAAGAUCUCGCUGAUCGCCUGUGUGUUGAUGGCCGUUGGAGCCGUGGGGCAGCUCCCUUCUCCCUGUAUAACACCACCCCAGUUUGCGUGCCGGGGGAUGGAGAUCAACCACGUGGAUGACGUGAUUCGCCGCUUCAUCAUCGGCUACGACGCCACCAACAAGAGGAAGGUGAUGUUCGAGGAGGAACGCGAGAUCAUCCCAGGCCGACAAUUGCACGAAUACUUGAUCCUCAACAACGACAAUGUGGCGUACGACUUCAACAUGAAGACCAAGGAGUGUAUCAAGUCCGUUCCCAGAACGUGGAGGGACUUUGGAAUCCCCCCUAACGCUACCUUCGAGGACGAGUACUACAUCGGAGGCCCAGGGGAGGAGGUGUUCGCCCAGGAAUGGUCCGACAGGAUCCCAUUCAGACAAAGGGAAGCAUGGCUGGGAUCUUUUACCCUCAACGGCUGUUACCCCAUCCAUUCUCUCAUCAUCGGGCCGGAGGAGACUCCAAACGACACCGUCACCAUGCGCUUCUACGACAUCGUUGGCGGCAUUCCCAACCCCAACGACUUCAUCCCCCCUCCCGAGUGCCUGCAGGCUAAAUGGGGAGUCUCGACCAUACGCUCAUACUGGAGUCGAUAUGUCGAAGAUCUCGCUGGUCGCGUGUGUGUUGAUGGCCGUUGGGGCCUUGGGGCAGCUCCAUGUAUAACACCACCCCAGUUUACGUUCCGGGGGAUGGAGAUCAACCACGUGGAUGACGCCAUUCGCCGCUUCAUCAUCGGCUACGACGCCACCAACAGGAGGAAGGUGAUGUUCGAGGAGGAACGCGAGAUCAUCCCAGGCCGACAAUAUCACGAGUACUUGGUCCUCAACAACGAUAACGUGGCGUACGACUUCAACAUGAAGACCAAGGAGUGUACCAAGUCCGUUCCCAGGACGUGGAGGGACUUUGGAAUCCCCCCUAACGCUACCUUCGAGAACGAGUACUACAUUGGGGGCCCAGGGGAGGAGGUGUUCGCCCAGGAAUGGUCCGACAGGAUCCCAUUUAGACAAAGGGAAACAUGGCUGGGAUCUUUUUCACUCAACAGCUGCUACCCCAUCCAUUCUCUCAUCAUCGGGCCGGAGGAGAGUCCAAACGACACCGUCACCAUGCACUUCUACGACAUCGUUGACGGCAUCCCCGACCCCAACGACUUCAUCCCCCCCCUUCAGAGUGCCUGCAGGCUAAGUGGGGAGUCUCGUCCAUGCCCUCAUACUGGUAGAGGGCGCCACUAGACACCGGGAGUUACCUCCCUUAGGUGUAUUGGUUGCCGCCAUUCUCCGUUGUAUCGAGUGUAUCAAAUGGUCCUGAGACCGCUUUAUAUUUUAGAUGUUAAUUAUUUAAAACAUGUUUUCAUGUACAUAUAUUUUGUAUCACAAAAGUUUGCCAUCUGAACGAGUGUGCUAUGAGCUGCAUGUUGGUGUGAAUUAUUUUUGAUGCCAUCACUUACUUAAGUAGUUAUCUCCCUUUAAGUAAUCCAUUUAAUGAUACUUUCUUUAAAAUGUCCCUAUUUUGACUGAAGCAGCAAUGUAGGGACUGUGAUGUAAGGGGAGAUAAUCGACAUCCGCAUGCUCAUCUGUAAUGGCGUUCGUCACAUGAAACAUCUCACGUGUGUCUUUCAGUGCCCAUUUCAAUAUUUAUCUGUUUGUGAUUUCUAGUCGAACACAUUUACAUACUAGUGUGAAAACUAUUGCAAAACGGUCAUCAAGGGCUAGAACUGUGAUAGUAUUACACCAGCUGCGUUCCAUUCUGGGCGGUUCACACGUUCUCGAACACUUAUAACGGUUCACCGCGAGCACUCGAGCAAACGCACACUCACGUUCACGUGACUGUCAUAUGACUAUCACAUGACUCAACUGGCAGGUACCUGUGCAAUACUCGUAACGUUGGUCAUUGAGUUGACAAGGAUUUAUUUGAUUAAUGUUGAUUGUCUUGUUCGUCGAGAUACCUCCUACAGCAAUUAGACUGAAUUUUUUAAUAUAUAAAAUAGUGUAGAACGUAUAUAUUUCAGAUUCAUAUUAUAUUUAGCUUCACAACCCCCGCUUCAAGUCGCCACCCACUACGGCCAUGCCCCGAGAUCACCUGUAACCGAUCAUGUUUGUCUUUGACUGUUUGUCACGUGUGACAUAUGACAAAACAAGCUGAUGGUUGUUGACCCCCGCUAAUGUAGCCAGCCUGUGCACUCACGAACUGCAUUUAGUGAAAUCUUUCAGCGAAUGUGCAUUUUAAUGUCAUUGUGACAACAACGCCUUUUAUUUUCGCUUCUCUCAGAAAUAAAACUUUUUUCUGAAAA